GUUGGCCGGCCCACACGGGAGCUCCAAGCCGCCUCUGAAUGUUUUAAUUCAUGCCGAGAUCAGGAAGUAGCUGAUGUGGAGAUGGAUUCUCGGCGACAGGCCGAGAAUUGGAAAGAGGAAUUAAUUUGUGCAGUCUGCCUGGAGUUCUUCGAGGACCCAGUUACCUUGGAGUGCGGCCACAACUAUUGUCGAGCCUGUAUUAUGGGCUGUUGGGAUGUGCAGGAGUCUAACUUUUGUCCCGAGUGUUUAGAGGUGUUUCCAGAAAUAAACCUCCAGUCCAACCGCGCCCUCUCCAACCUGGCUGAGAAAGCAAGGAACCGGCCCCGCAACCGGAGGGGGAAGGGCAGGAAACUUUACUGCGAUUUGCACCAGGAAGAGCUGAAACUCUUCUGUGAAACUGAUAAGAAACUCAUCUGUGGUAUUUGCCGAGACGGGAGGGAGCACAAGUAUCACAACUUCAUUCCCCUCAACGAGGCUGUGGAGAUUUACAAGGAUAAUCUGAAAUUAUCCUUGGAUUCGGCCGCUAAGAGGAAGGCCACUGUUCUCAAGGCUAAGUUUAAACAGAAGCAGAAGAUUUCCCAAGUGAGGGAGCAGUCGCGCAACCUGCAGACCCACAUCAGGUACGAGUUUGCUAAAAUGCACCGGACUCUGAACGAAAAGGAGCAGCGUUUGAGCAGAGAUCUCCAGGAACAGGAGGAGAGGAUCUUGGAAGAUAUGCGAGAAAACCUGCGGGGGAUUCAAGAGGUUCUGGAUUCCAUUGAGCGGGUGCUGUCCGAAUUUCAAGCACAACUCGAACAGCCGGACAUAUUAUCCCUCCUCAAGGAAGAAGGUUCCUGGAACACAAGGUUUAGUGAAAAACAUGAUUCUAUGGCAUUGGUGGACACGGCUCUUCCUCUGGGGAUAUUCAGAGGUCCCUUGCAAUAUAUAGCGUGGAGAAAAAUGAUGGACUCCAUCAGCCCUGUGCCAGCCGCUCUGACUCUGAAUCCAAAAACGGCAAACCCCUGGCUUAUCCUGUCCGAGGACAUGUCCAGUGUGAGAAUGGGGCAGCAGCGGCAAAUGCUUCAAGACACGCCCCAGAGAUUUGAUCGCUGUGCGUGUGUCCUGGGAUUGGAGGGAUUCACAGCAGGGAGACACUACUGGGAGGUGGAGGUGGGGGACAAGACUGAGUGGGAUCUGGGUGUGGCUAAGAAGUCCUGCAACAGGAAAGGGAGGAUCAAGCGGAUGCCUGAGGAUGGCUACUGGAGACUGGGCCUGCGGAGUGGAAGUGAGUACAUGGCUUUCACCACACCUCCUACAUACCUGAGCCUGAGUGUGAACCCCAGGAGGAUCGGGGUGUAUCUGGACUAUGAGGGUGGACAAGUGUCAUUUUACAACGCGGACAACAUGUCCCACCUCCACACUUUCACCGACACUUUCACUGAAAGACUCUACCCGUAUUUCUGUCCCUGUUUGAGUGAUGGUGGGAAGAAUUCAGGGUUUAUGAAAAUCUGCUGGGUUAACCCCGACUCUCUGACGUGAAGCAUCUGUCUUAUAACUGGAGCAGAGUCCUCAGAAUUUCAAUUGUAUUCAGUUCAGUCUGUUUUCAUCUUUACUGAAAUUGAUUUAAUUUCAUCAACAUCUUGGGGGUUUCCAUUGACCAGAAACUGAAUUGGACCAGCCAUAUAAAUAUUGUGGCUACAAGAGCAGAUCAGAGGCUGGGGAUUUUGUGGAAUAA